CCAGCUGCCCCGCCGGGUCCCAGCCCAGACCAUCUUAGCCGAGCCCCGCCAGGACCAGGUGUCCCGGGCGCGCCAAGAUGCAGCCGCGGCUCUGGCUUCUUGUCGCCGCGCAGCUGGCAGCUCUGCGUGGCAGCUCAGCACUCGUGCAGACCCCUGCGUCCUUGACGGCUCAGACCAAUCAGACCGUGAUGCUGUCCUGUGAAGCCAAAACCCCCCCCACUAACUCUCGCAUCUACUGGCUGAGGCAGCGCCUGGCCCCGAGCGCUGACAGUCACCACGAGUUCCUGGCCUUCUGGGAUCUCACCAAAGGGACUGUGUACGGCAAGGAGGUGGAGCAGGAGAGGCUAACUGUGCUUCGAGAUUCUUCCCGGUACACUCUCAGCCUCCAAAGCGUGAAGCCUUCCGACAGCGGCGUCUACUUCUGCAUGACGGUUGGGAACCCCGACCUGACCUUUGGGAAGGGAACUCAGCUGAGUGUGGUUGAUGUCCUUCCCACCACUCCGCAGCCCACCAAGAAGACCACUCCCAAGAAGAAAGUGUUACGGUUCCCAAACCUGGUGACCCGGAAGGGCCCGUCCUGUGCCCCCCUCAUUGUCGGCCCACUGGUGGCUGUCGUCCUUGUUCUGCUGGUGUCCUUGGGCGUGGCCAUUCACCUACACUGCCUGCAGAGGAGAGCUCGGCUUCGCCUCCUGAAACAGUUUUAUAAGUGAGCAGAGGAUACGUUUUUGGUGUCCUGCUACAAAAAUACAUUGGUCGGUGAUGAGCGAGAUCUGGAAAAAUGAGAGAGAAAGGACACACUCAACCAUGGAAGUGUCACUGACCUGCUGAAUCUGCUUGCUUUUAACCACUGCAAGUUCUUUCUUUGGGCCUCGUGCAUGGGAGCAACUUGUUACAUGGUCAUCGGGAUCUUAGAGAGAAGGCUUCAGAACCCCAGGGCACUUCCUGCAACUUGCAAGGCAACUUGCAAGGAGGAUUGAGUACAAAAUGGCACCCAGCGCACCACUGCCGGCUCCUGUGCUCAUCCUGUUGGGCUGGGAAUUUCAGUGUUGGCCAUCCAGCCACCGCCUUGCUUUGCCCAGGUAAGGCAGUGACAUUGAGACCCGAGUCUCUCAUGGGAUGGUGCUGGGAUGGGUCCCUUUGGUCUUCCCAGGCGGGGGCUGACCCUCCUCACAGAAGGCCCCAGAGAGCAGACCCAGACUGGAAAUGAGGCUCCCAAGAGGGACUGACCUGUCUCCCAUGGUCACUUCAGAUUCUGAGGACCUCCUUUGGGGCUUGGAACUUGUGGAUUGGGGGACAUGAGGCCACUUGAUCUCCCACCAGGAAGUCAUUCAGCUUUCACUUCUGCCCUCCCAUGGCUUGUAUGUUUCUUCUCUUACUCUCUGUUCUUGUUAUGAUAAUAUCUUGGUUGUAAAAAUAAAAUCUUGAAUAAAUGAUA